AUGAAGUUACUGGAAACAUGUGCCGGAGAAUCUUCCGUCCAUGGUUUGCCGCAUCUGGUUGCGAAAGAUCGCCAUUGGUCGGAAAGGAUUUUCUGGGCUGUGAUUGUGAUUCUUUCGAUUUACUACUCGUAUGCGGUUUGUUUGACUACAUGGACGCGAUAUCAGGAAAGUCCAACGGUUCUAACUCUGCAGACCGACUAUCGGAAUUGGAUUUUACGGCCACCGGCAGUUACCAUUUGCCCUACACAUAUCGACUUGGACCGGCUCAAAGGAAUGAUCAAAACGCUGUGGAACGUCGAUGAGUCUAAUGAACGGUAUUCAUACUAUCUAAAAUAUCUCGAGACAAUAACAACGACAACUGCUACUGCUGAAAAUUUGGGCAAAUUCAAACCAUUCGCAAAUGAUACAUCGUUGCAAAACAUUUCAAUGCUGGAUGUCGCGUUUCCGAAACAGUUUGUCCACGCCGAGGAUGAUAUCAUGACCGCAACGGGAACCAUUGGAAGCGAAAUGCAGGGCAAUGAUCAAGUAGAGGUCGUAGUUUGGGUGACCCAAGUUGUGGCCUCCGCAAGUCUCAAGAAUCUCACUCCCGCACGCAGGAAAUGUCUCUAUGCUCAUGAAACGAAAUCUUAUUUCAAGAUUCAUUCCCAAAGUUUAUGUAGAGUCGAUUGUCGAGUGCGGAAAGCAAUGCAACUUUGUGGUUGUAUACCAUUCUUCUACACCAUAGUAUCAUUUGGUGGAGCUGCGGCCUUGUUUUUAGGAUGCAGUUUUCUCAGUGGAGUUGAGUUUGUUUAUUUUUUCUUGGAAUUUUACCGGGAUGAAAUUCGAACCCAUGCCAUCAGUGGACUGGCGAUUACCGUCUUACUCGGCUCGGCCACCGAGACUUAA